AUGGCCACGUUUCUACGUGACCCGACGGUCCUCCAGGCCUCGGUGAUUGCAAUUCAAGAACCGUGGAGGAAUGAGUACGACGAUACGACACAUCAACCGGCACGACUUACCCACCAAUUACUCUAUCCGAAAGCUGUUGACGGCGAACGAGCGCGUGUAGCGCUGUACGUCAACAAGCAGAUCGAUCCCGCCAAGUGGACACACACAGCGAUUUCGUUGGAUUACCAAAUCCUCCACUUACGACAUCUACGUGGCGAGCAAUCCUACGACCUCUAUAUCCACAACAUCUACAACGAGCCCAAAUCGCCAACACUCAACCUGCUGGACCGUGAACUAGCCCGAUUAGGGCAUUCUCAAACAAUCGAGCACCUAGUCCUAGGUGAUAUGAUUGUCCACCAUCCAGCUUGGGGAGGUCCCGGCACUGCUAUCGACGCCGAAGGCACGGAAUUGUUGGAAAUCGCGGAUCGCCAUGAGUUAGAGCUCGCCACUGAGGAGGGCAUCGUAACGUGGGAGCGUGGACAGUCUCAGUCAACGAUUGACCUCACGUUUCUCUCAAUGAGUCUCUUCAACCGCCUGAUCCUAAUCGAGUGCGCUGACACCGUACAACACGACUCCGACCACUGGCCAAUCCGUACCCAGGUCGACAUUCAAACGCCAGUCAAUAAACCCCCAAAACGCCGAGAUUGGAAGGCCACCGACAUCAAAUCACUAACGGAGAUACUGGAACGAGAUCUCGUUGUUCCAGAUCUCACAAACGCCUCCAAAUCCCGUAUCAAACUCACUACCGUUGCCUUUUCCUCCACAAUCCGUCACGCUAUCGACAAAACCGUCCCAUGGGCACAACCUAGCGAAUGGAGCAACUCUGAUCUCACACCUAAAUGCAAAGAGGCGGUCUGGCGCGCGUAUCUACGUGCCCAGAACCGCAAGAAACGACUAAUAAGCAAAUCCUUAAGACUCGGUCAUCGCCGGCGUGUCCAACAGGCUACAGAAAAGGGCCCACAAGGCCUUUGGAGACUGGCUAAAUGGGCACGAACAAGGAGAGGCCUCUACAAAUCUAGGGUCACCCCAACACUCAUAUCAACUGACGGACGUACAGCGGAGUCAGUAGAAGUCAAAACGGCACUUCUUAGCGAAUCCUUCUUUCCAGCGAUUCCAGAGGCUGAUUUAUCGGAUAUUGACAACGCUAUAUAUCCAGAGCAACUGUCUUUCCCAGAGAUCCCACGCCACGAGAUCGAACAUGUGAUACGCUCUAUGCCACCUAAUAAAGCCCCAGGCGUCCCUAUAGUGCUCGAUACGCUCUACCAGAUCUACAACGCAUGUAUCCGAACUAGCUAUAAUCCGUCCCAUUUCCAGCGCUCGAUCACAGUCGUGCUUCGUAAGGCAGGCCAGGAUCGUGACUACCAUACACCUCAAGCAUACCGACCAGUUGUAAUGGGAGUUGCUCUUCUCAACACGCUUAGUAAAUUUCUCAAAGCCAUCAUCGCACGCAGAAUCAGCUACGCCAUGGAAGCGGAAGGAUUACUCGUGAAAGGCCAUCUCGGUGGACGCAAAGGUAUAUCCACAGAUCAUGCCAUUCAAAUCAUCCUCGAUCGGAUGCGGCGGGCAUGGGGUGAAGGGUUCGAGGUGGUCUCCAUGCUUCUAUUAGAUGUCUCUGGCGCGUACGACAACGCGCACCAUUUGCGAUUGCUUCACAAUAUGCGGAAACGACGACUCGGCCACUUUGUGCCGUGGGUUGCCGCCUUUCUCACAGGACGAAGCACGCGAAUCAAGAUUCCAAAAGGCAUGUCGGGUACGAUUUCUACGCCAACAGGCAUUCCACAAGGCUCACCAAUCUCGCCAAUCCUAUAUCUCAUCUACAACUCUGAUCUGAUCGAGGACUGCGCCGAUGAGGCCGACCACGUAUCAACCAGCGGAUGGGUGGACGAUGUCGGGAUGAUGGCCGCUGGCCACAGUGAGAAUGAGACGAUCACGAAGCUACAAUGUGCCAGUGCCACUGCGGACCAGUGGGCUCUACGCCAUGCCUCCAUUUUUGACAAGAAGAAAUAUCAACUCAUUCACUUUAUGAAUCCACGGAGCGGACUGGCUCCAAAUUCACAACCAAUCACCCUACAAGACGGUACACAAAAAGAGGCUAGCGGAUGCCUCCAUGCUCCCCCAGGAACCUUAGCGGGAGAAUGGGAGAGUCGUGAGACAUACGUCCAACCACCAUGGCAAGAGCCUCCACAUGUAAUAAUCAACAAACGUAAGAAGGCGGUCACCGUACACAACCGUAUGGCUAAGAAGAAUACCCGCGUAAUAGUGUACACCAACGGCAGUGGCUAUCAAGGCUAUAUUAGCACAUCAAUGGUGAUCCCACAGUUACGACGACAGAUGACGGAGUGUAUCGAUACAGAGGACACGUCAACAAUAUAUGCUGCGGAAGGUUGCGGAAUCAAAUUCGGGCUCGGCACGUUAUUACGAUUCGUGGAGGACGACAAACGGCUUCAAAGAGUGGCUAUUUUUUCAGAUAGUCGAUCAGCGCUUCAAUCAAUCCAGAAUCCAAACAUGGCCUCAGGUCAAACCUAUAUCCGGGACUGUAUCAAUCUGUAUUGGGAAUGUAAGAAUAACAACAUCGACGUCGUUCUUCACUGGAUUCCGGGCCACGAAGGAAUCCCAGAAAAUGAGGCAGCAGACCAAGCCGCUAAACGCGCUGCUAUGAUGGGUGCACGUCGACAAGCCGUACCCAGCAAUAUCAAGAAUUGGACCAUGCUCGGGCACUGCAGCAAAGCGCCAGAUACGACACGAAGCAAAGGUUGCUUAAGAAAAGACCUAGGAUAG